UUUUUUCAAGGGUGGUGAUAUACGCAGGCCAAAUUAAACAUUCAGGCACUUUUUUACCAUGGUUUUUUACCUUUUUACCAUAACUAUUUACCUUUUGUACUAUUCCUACCAAAUCCUAUAAAAAAAGAAAACUCAACAUUCAAAGUGAAAAAUUUCAGAUAUUCAACAAUUUUUGCGAUGGAUCCAAACAACUUAGACCCGAAUGAAGUAUACAUAGAUGUGGAUGAAGAUAUUGAAACAUUCGAGCUACAUGAUUUCAGUGAAUUUUUCACAAUUUCGACUGCAUUUGAUAGUAAAGAUGCACUAGUCGAGUGGGCGAUGAAUAUGGCCAUCAGUCAUGGACAUGAGAUUAGGCGACAGUCUUACCACGAAGGCCGACAGUAUUUAACUUGCAAAAGAGCCUAUAAGAGUCGAGGAAAAAAUGCAGAGGUCGAAACAAGCCGGAAGUCCGGUUCAAUAAAGUGUAAAUGCCCUUUUGCGCUAUGGGGUAAAGAGGGUCGUGAUGGAUUAUGGCGCCUUACCAUCAAAAAUGGCAAGCACAAUCAUAAUCCUCAUAAAUAUCCACAAGGACUACGUUCGCUAAGUCGCCUGACUGAAGAGCAACGAGAAGUGACAAAGAUACUGAAAAAGAGCCAUGUGAAGCCGAAGGAAAUUUUGCAUCAUCUGAGGCAGAUGAAUCCGGAUACGGCUGCGUCCUUGAGAGAAGUGUACAAUGAAUCACAGAAAAUUAGACGAGAGGAAAUGAAAGGAAAAACAGUUAUACAACAUCUGUGGCACGAACUAAGUGAGAGUGGAUACAGCAAAUGGCAUCGAACAAAUCCAGCUGGUGAUACAGUGCAAGACGUUAUGUUUGCGCACCCUGAUUCAAUAAAGCUUUUGCAGUUAUUUCCAUACGUCAUCCUGAUGGAUUGCACGUACAAGACUAACAGGUAAUAAUUAUUUAAAUGUGUAUUACAUUUAUUAUAUAUAUAUAUAUAU